CGUCCUAAACUCUUGAGUGUAGCGCGGCGCACGGACGCUCUUCUGUUUGGAUACCAGUCUGCUCCUUUAAAACAAAAUAAAUAUAAAUACUUGGAUUAUAUUCAUCUGAUGGUUUUCAACUGUAACUCGAUGUAUAGAAAUGGGUAAACUGCACUCGAAACAUGCUGCUAUUUGUAAACCGAGGGAGAGUCCAGAAGGCGACAGUUUUGUAGUGAACGCAUGUUUGGCGAGAAAAGGAAUCGACGACUGGCUCGUGAAGCAGAAAUAUUACUGCACGAGCUCUCGCCUCGAGCAACAGGACUGUCACCUCAACAAUAACUGCGGCUUAACGACACGGGACUCCAUGGCUAAUGCAUGUGCAGAGGGGAUUAGUGAAGAACAUUAUCGAUUAGAAGUGGCUUUACCCCCGGAGAAGACAGACAGCUGCUGUGUGGAAGAGAAGAUGCAGGAGAGGGACAGCCAAGCUCCCGCAGGGCCACAGAAACAGCUCCAGUUUGAAGAGUUGGAGUGUGCUGUGUCUGUGGAGGAGAACAACAGGCAAGAAUGGACCUUCACCCUCUAUGAUUUUGACAACAGUGGCAAAGUUACCCGAGAGGACAUCACCAGCCUGCUCCACACCAUCUACGAGGUUGUCGACGCCUCCGUCAACCAUUCUUCCGGCAGCAGUAAGACGCUGCGGGUCAAGCUCUCCGUGGCGCCUGACUCCAGCCAGCAGUGGAGGAGUUGUGCGCAGGGUGCGACAGACGUGCCCCACUCCAGGGACAAAAACGACAAGUGCAUCGACGACCCCAAGAGUGCAGACAAGAAGUCUCGAGCACUCCUAAGGCGCCACCACAGUGACCACCACACCCAGCCUGGCUGCCAGCGCCACUGUGUGGAUGAGAACCUGGAACGCAGGAACCACUACUUGGACCUGGCAGGCAUUGAAAACUACACAUCCCGCUUUGGAACCGCUCCAGCUGCAGAACCAGCUAAAGUGGAGACUCAGACCCGUUCGUCUAACCAGGCUCGUUCUCGCUCCCAAGAACCGGAAAAUGUCCCCUCCCAUUCCCACCACCGCCGUUUGCAGACAGUUGUGGACGCUACUGCUGCUCCAGACCCCAGCGGUCAUCCCACCCGCCUCAAAGGCCAAGACUCAGGGAGGCAUGGCAUCCGUUCUCCGAAGACCCACAGUCGCACGCCUCCAGCGCAGAUCAGUGGCCGGGUGAUGAGGAGCCGAGGCGCUCCCCCUCCCCCAGCUCUUCCUAGUCAGAUCCCCCCUCAUCAGUCUGCGGCUCCCUACCGCAAACACAAACAGCGAUCAAAAGAGAGCUACCGGGCCUUGGGCUCUCUUGUACCAGGUCCAGUGGUAGAAAAAGAGCAGGUGAGGGAGCUGCCCAGUGUGGUGCUUUACGAAGGUGGACUGGCUCAAGUAGUGCAGCGGCACGAGCAUCACCAUCAUCACGAACACCACCACCACUACCAUCACUUUUACCAGUCUUGAAUUUCCAUCUUGUCAGGGACAGCUCCGCUCUUCUGGAGUCCCACAGAGCCUGACUGGACCAGAAGACACUGACCGCAGGGAAUGUCCUGAUCAAACAAUGUGCAGCUGGUCGUGCAGUGAUGGACACAGGACAUGAGGGAAAGGAUUCGCUCCGUGCUGAAAUGUUAUGAACCAGUGUUAUUACAGAGUUGGUCAGACAUACGGAGGCUUGGGUACGCAGCAGGUCAGAUCCAGGACCACAGUGCAGCAGAAUGGGACUAAGAAUCGGGAUAAGGCCCAACAAGAAGAACAGUGGAACCCCUUCAAACCAGCACCACGACCCUUCCCAGACCACUAUGCCAAAUGGAGAUGAAGGGAGAAGACUUAAUUGUACUUAAAGAUGAAAAUAUAUGAAGGAAUUUAAGUGAAAAGAGCAGGAUGCAGUAAAGAUUUGUAUCCAAAUGUACAACUCAGCGAGCGUAGCUAAAGUUCGACUGUUUGUAUCCAAGUGUCACAACACUGGUGUCUGUUAUAAACCACUUCAAGUACACUUAUGGGUGCAUGAGCAUUUAAAGCAAGUUGACACAUGGGUUUGUGAAGAUAAAAAUGUAUGCCCACUAAACUGUUAAAGCAGAAACGGAAAGGAAAAUGUCGAAGUGUAAGAAUUCCCAAAUCUGCUGCUACCUCUAAUUUCAUCCAAACUGUUGGGACGUUCAUGAAGCGUUCUGAGGUUGUUUUCAAAAUCACUUCGAGACAUUGUGGAAAGGAGAAAUCAUGUUCUGCUCAGAAAUGUGGAAAACCUACUUACAUUUCUUAACUAAUAUUUGCUGUACAUAAGGUAUUUAUAUACUGGUCGAUUUUAUAAGCUUAACUGAUAACGUGAUAUUCAUGUAUUUGCUAUGAAAACUGUUUUCUUCACAGCUGCGUCUUUUUGUUAUGACCACUAGGAGCAUCAGCAGAAUAUGUAUUACUCUGGUAGCGACUCCCCACUUUCAUUCUCUCCGUUUAAAGUUCUCACUUUUACCGACUCUCAACAGUGCUUUGCAGUAGUUCUUAUGGACGUUAUUCAUCAGUACACCUGCCAAAGCUGUUCUGUUUGUAGAUAAAAUAAAACUGAAGGUGCUCAGAUCUGAUAAACU